GGGCAUGCCCAGUGCGGGCGCAGAGGCCCCGGCCCUGGGACAGCCCCGGCGGGAGCGGGCGGCCGGGCGCCGAGCAGCUGAGCGGGCCCGCGGCUGGCGAGGGGCCGGGCCGGGUCCGGAGCCCGGGCGGCGGAGCUGCCGGGUAGGCGCGGGCCCCACCGAGCCAGGCCUGGGGGUCGCCGCGCAAACCUGCCUGGGCGGUCCUUCAUGAUGAGAGAUUUUGGAAUGCGUCUCUCUUCUCUAUGUAGUUGGUAGUUUGGGUGGUGAAGAGAUGGCUGACAGUGUCAAAACCUUUCUCUGGGACCUUGGCAGGGGAAUCAAAGACUCCAUAUGGGGCAUUUGUACCAUCUCAAAGCUAGAUGCUCGAAUCCAGCAAAAAAGAGAGGAGCAGCGGCGGAGAAGAGCAAGUAGUGUCUUGGCCCAGCGGAGAGCCCAGAGCAUAGAGCGGAAGCAAGAAAGUGAACCACGUAUUGUUAGUAGAAUUUUCCAGUGCUGUGCUUGGAAUGGCGGAGUAUUCUGGUUCAGUCUCCUCUUGUUUUAUCGAGUGUUUAUUCCUGUGCUUCAGUCAGUAACAGCACAAAUUAUUGGUGAUCCAUCACUACAUGGAGAUGUUUGGUCAUGGCUGGAAUUCUUCCUUACGUCAAUUUUCAGUGCUCUUUGGGUGCUCCCCCUGUUUGUGCUUAGCAAAGUUGUCAAUGCCAUUUGGUUUCAGGAUAUAGCUGAUCUGGCAUUUGAGGUAUCAGGGAGGAAGCCUCAUCCAUUCCCUAGUGUCAGCAAAAUAAUUGCUGACAUGCUCUUCAACCUUUUGCUGCAGGCUCUUUUCCUCAUCCAGGGGAUGUUUGUGAGUCUCUUUCCCAUCCAUCUCAUUGGUCAGCUGGUUAGCCUCUUGCAUAUGUCCCUUCUCUACUCUCUUUAUUGCUUCGAAUAUCGCUGGUUCAAUAAAGGAAUUGAAAUGCACCAGCGGUUGUCAAAUAUAGAAAGGAACUGGCCUUACUACUUUGGAUUUGGUUUGCCCCUGGCUUUUCUCACAGCAAUGCAGUCCUCAUAUAUUAUCAGUGGCUGCCUCUUCUCUAUCUUCUUUCCUUUGUUCAUAAUCAGCGCCAAUGAAGCAAAGACCCCUGGCAAAGCAUACCUUUUCCAGUUGCGCCUCUUCUCCUUGGUGGUCUUCUUAAGCAACAGACUCUUCCACAAGACAGUCUAUCUGCAGUCUGCUCUGAGUAGCUCAACCUCUGCAGAGAAGUUCUCGUCUCCACAUCCAUCACCUGCCAAACUGAAGGCUGCUGCAGGCCACUAAAUCUCCUGCCAUCUGAAUGGGGAGGGUGGGAUUGGAAGGAGGCUGUGGCAGAUCUUUUCCCUGUUCACAGUCUGCUAAGGGCCCUCUGCAUAUUGUCUUCCCUCCGAGGAAUUGGAAUUUUUGUCUCUGGUGCACGUAAGGCAGAAUCUCCUGACACCAGUAUGUGGAUUUGUAACAUCACCAUUGAGUCUGAAAGGACCACAGGUUUUUCUGCAGCUAUUUUCUAGUGGUUGCCAGCCCCUGUGUCUGGACUGAUUUGAAUACUUCGUUUUUCUCCCUGUGCCAUUUACCCUCCUACCUCCCCUUCCUGCCUUCCGUCACCCUUGGAUGAAUGGAUUUUGUAAAUCUAGCUGUUGUAAUUUGUGGAUUUGUUAUUUUUGUUUUUUUUUUCUGUGAAGCACAUACAUUGGAUGUGGAGGUAAAGGAAUUGUUCCUCGUCACUCCCUUUAUAGCCAUCACUGUCUUCUUUCUUGUAACUCAGGUUAGGUUUUGGUCUCUUGCUCCACUGCAAAAAAAAAAUAAAUAAAUAAAAAACGAGCCUGAAGACAUGGGACAGGAGGAAAGACCUCCUGACCAGAUCUGCUGGGUUUUGAGGAGUGAUUUUCUUUCUUCCCCUUGAAGGGGAAAAAGCUUUUUUUCACUGGUACAUUUAAAGUUCCCCAAGUGUGGGGAGGUACCAAUUCUGGACAAGUGCCACUGCAAUACAGAAUGGUCAGAGAACCUAAACUUUUGAACUCUGAGAGGUCUGAAAUUUAUUGUUGGCCACUGCCACGUCUGUCUGGUAUUUCAAAGGAAUAUUGGGUGCUGUGAAUAGGAACUGAUGGGGUAAACUUAUUAAACACAUAUACCUGUGA